AUGUAUGUAUCAGUAGGUGUGGACCAGCAACUAGAAGCCAGAGGCCGGAAAAACGAAGUGGAAGAAGCGGAGGGCAUGAAUUAUGUGCUGGUGUAUGUGUACGCAACAUUAGCAGAAACUGCGCUAGUAAGAGUCAAAAAAGAGAGUUUCGUAAGCCCAAAAAUAAAUAUAAGAGGGAAUAAGGCAAUUUGGAGCACAGAUAGAGGAAAAGAUCAAGUUGAGAUAGUAGAAUCACCUUCCAAACCAAUAUAUAACAGUAAAUUCUUUAACCUCGAUAAUAGUAAAGCAAAAAGGAGGGAAAAUAUAAGAGAAGAAGAUAAAGUUAAAUGGGCUUCGUUUGAAGCAAGAAGAUUUACGUACAAACUAGGAAGAUAUAACAAAAAAUUGAGAAAAGUAAAAGACGAAAAGAAACAAAUAUAUAACAACUUUAACGUGGACGAUGAUGAACUCAAAAAGCUGAAUCUAAAAUCAAGAAGCUUGACAAGUUCAAUAGAAACAUUUAGAAAAUAUAGAAAGAAGUUCUUAAAAUACCUGAAGGGAUUGCAUCUAAAAAAUCAACCAAUUGUACCGUAUGUGCCAACAAAACUGAGAAGUGAAAAGAUACCAGCAAAAUACUAUAAUUUGUCACAGGAGCCGAAAAAUAAGGCGAAAAAAGUAAAUAAGAAAGGAAAUAUUUAUAAUAAAGAAAAGAAGGAUAAGUUAAAAGAAGAAAAGCAGGAAGUCCGGAAAAGGAAGGAUGAAAAGGAAAAAUAUUCAGAAUUUAUGUCUAUAUUAGCAGAAAUAAAAGGAAGGAAAUAUUAUAGAGGUAGAAUAUAUUGA